AUGAGUUUUUGUCAAAAGCAAAAAAGAUGGAUUGUUGCAACAUAUUGGUUUUUUGUUCUUUUAGCUAUUCCUAUAUGGUGGAAAACUACAGAAAUUUAUCGGGCAAAACUACCACUUAAAUUAAUGGAUAAAUGGGCAAAAGGACAAAUGUGCAAUAUUCAAUUUGAUAUUCCUGUCAUUAUUGAUAUUACUCAUAAUUCUAAUAAUAUUAAAAUGAUUGAAAAAUUAAAACAAAUAAUAUCAACUAAACAAGAAAAAAAUAUAAUAAAAUUACAUAUCAAGAAAAAACAUUUAAAUAUAGACAAAUCGCAUUAUGUUGUCAAAUUACAUGAAAAAAAAAAUAUAAAAUCAGUAUCUAUGAAUAUAUAUCGUAAUAGGACCCUCUUUAUUGAUUAUCAUCCUCAUAUUUUUCCAAAAUUACCAAAGAUUAUUUCAGAAACUUUAUUGGAUAUAUUUUCAUUACAAGAAAAAUAUAUAAAUUUUUAUUUAAAAGCGACAGAAUCUCGACACAAAUCAUUAGAAUUAGAUAACAAUACAUAUACAAAAGUAGUAAAAUAUUCUUCAACCUUCGAUAUUGUUUUUAGUCUUGUAAAUGGUGAUGAAAAAAAUGUGGUAUCAUUUUGGGAUAUCAAAAAAGCUGUUUAUUUAUAUUUUAGACCAUUAUUAAGACAACUUUCUGCUCUUUCCGAAUUUAAUGUAGAAUCUCAAAUUCAUUUUUGUUCAGAAUUAACAUUUAAUCCUUAUAAAUCAAAACAAGGAAAUAUGUUUCAAAUUUCUAUAGACCAAUUUCCAGAGUUUGUCAAUUUUGCGGAAUGGAAUUUAGAAACUACUUUUUCAUCACAUAAAAUAAUUAAUUUUUUAGUUUAUGUUCCCCCACGUAAUAUUCAACCUCUUUUUCUUAAAGAUUCACAUGAUAAUCUAAUCACUACAAAUUCGUUUUUAGUUCCACAGUGGGGAAGCAUUAUUAUUCACAAUCAAAACCACACAGAUAUUGACAUUUCGCAUCUUAACAUUACACAACUGCAGCCAAUAUUUCAUAUAUUUAUCUCUAACUUUUUAUCUCUUCUUGGUACACCUUCUCUACCUUCAUAUAUUAGCAUUGAACCUUUGCCUGUUUUAAAUGCAUGGAGAUUAGAUGGUCUUUAUAGGCAACGCAUUACUGAAAAUAUUAUUUCUGCUUCUGAGACGUUAGGAAGUCUUGCUAGAUUGGUACAACGAAUUCAUAAUAUGGUUAUUCCUGAUCAAGUACAACAAGACGUAUCAAAAACAAUCGAUUAUUUAAAAAAAACUUGCCAAAGUUUAAAUGAUUCCAAAUUUUCAAAUGCGUUGAAUUAUUCAAGAAUUGCUGUCAAUUCUGCGGAAAAAGCUUUCUUCGAUCCAUCUAUGGUAAGCAUGCUUUAUUUCCCCGAUGAGCACAAAUACGGCGUAUAUUUGCCUUUAUUUGGACCUUUGUUUUUUCCUUUAGUGAUUCCUCUCCUUCGAGAAUUUUCUAACUUCCUUAAAAGUUGGAAAACAAAGAGAAAUGAAAAAAAAGAACCAAGACACACAGAAUAA